AAUUCUACAUACUUUUGUGCAUUUUUUUGUUGCUGUCAAUUAAAUCAAAUUAAAGAGACAGGUUUGUGAUAGUUUAAAUGUGCAUAACCAAUGUGGCAUUGAAACAAAAUGGCUGAAGUGGAUUCUAACGUAACGGAAACAGAGGUUAAUGGCAUAUCUGAGACAUAUCUGGAUGUCCAAUCAACCAAUCAAAAUAAGAAUGAGGUGAAUAUAAAUAAAAUGGUAGGAAAAAGUGAAUCUGAAAUAGAAGAAAUAGAAGAAAACGUUAUGAUUGAAACAUCGACAUCCUUAUUAGAAACAUUUACAAAUUUCGUAACUGUACCGUUUGCUCAGCUAUUAAAACAAAAGACAAAUGCAACGAGAGAAAUUUCAGAUUCGACAGAAGAGACAAAGGUCGUAAAUGGGAUAUCGGAUUCGACAGAAGAGGCAAAUGCAAUGAAUGGCAUAUCGGAUUCGGCAAAUGGGUUAGAAGCCAUAAACUGCAUAUCAGAUUCAACAGAAGAGGCAAAUGGCAUAAAUGGCAAAUCGGAAUCGACAGAAGAGGAAAAUGCUAUACCUGUUAUAACGGAUUCGACAAACGAGGCUAAGGACAUGAAUGGGACAUUGGAUUCGACAGAGGAAAAUGCUAUAACUGUUAUAACGGAUUCGACAAACGAGGCUAAGGACUUGAAUGGGACAUUAGAUUCGACAGAAGAGGAAAAUGCUAUAACUGUUAUAACGGAUUCGACAAACGAGGCUAAUGACAUGAAUGGGACAUUAGAUUCGACAGAAGAGGAAAAUGCUAUAACUGUUAUAACGGAUUCGACAAACGAGGCUAAGGACAUGAAUGGGACAUUAGAUUCGACAGAAGAGGAAAAUGCUAUAACUGUUAUAACGGAUUCGACAAACGAGGCUAAUGACAUGAAUGGGACAUUGGAUUCGACAGAGGAAAAUGCUAUAACUGUUAUAACGGAUUCGACAAACGAGGCUAAGGACUUGAAUGGGACAUUAGAUUCGACAGAAGAGGAAAAUGCUAUAACUGUUAUAACGGAUUCGACAAACGAGGCUAAGGACAUGAAUGGGACAUUAGAUUCGACAGAAGAGGAAAAUGCUAUAACUGUUAUAACGGAUUCGACAAACGAGGCUAAUGACAUGAAUGGGACAUUGGAUUCGACAGAAGAGGAAAAUACUAUCAAUAGUGAAUCAGAUUCGAAAAACGAGGCAAAUGACAUUAAUGGGACAUUGGAUUCGACAGUAGGGACCGUGUCCAUUAACGGAACAUCGGCUCCUAAGUUAGAAGAUGAGAGAAGUGCAGAAAAUGAUACAUCGGCUAUGUUUUCAAAAAAAAAGUUAACCGCCGUCAAUGAAACAUUGCCUUCAUUGAUAAAAGAAAAAUCUCCUACCGUUACUAAUUCGUCGGAUUAUCAAAUAAAAGAAGAGGCAACUAUUGAAAUUAAAACAUUAAAUUCGUUAAUAAAUGAAGACACAACUACCAGUGUAAAUGAAACAUCGUCACCAUUACUAGAAAAGGCAAAUAUCGUCGCUGAUACAUCCUCUCCGUUAUUCGAAAAAGAUGCAAGUGCAAAAACUGAAACACCGGUUCCGAUGAUAUGCGAAGAACAAAAUGGCAUCUCUCAUACAUCUGGAUCAUUAUCGGAAGAAGAGGAAACUAUGACUGAGACUUCGGCUCCGCUAUCAAAAGAUGAGACAAAUGCAGUAAAUAAAGCACCAUCUCAAUAA